UAGAAAUGAAGCGGAGCAAGGUCUGCUAAAGGGGGCGGGGCUUCUCGUUGGAACAGGAAGUGGAUGAAUUGAAAUGCAGAUUUGAGCUUGUGUGCUGGGAAGCAGGUCAGACUGAAUGCAGGGGGAUUGCUUGCUGCACUAGAGUGGAAACCAUUCAUCUGGUCAUAAUGCCAAGUCCAAGGUUAUCAAGAGCUGCCAACAACUCCGCUAAUCCCAUGAACAAAUUAGAAUUUAUGUCCUUACUUACUAAUGCUUCAGAUCCUGUAUCCAUCCGCCACCGGACAUCUGACAGUCCGGUUCACCGCAAGGACUCUUUCAACGCCACUUCAUCGACUGCUUCACAGCCGCAACAGCAGCAGCUUCCAGAAGAAGACUGUAUGAAGCUAAACCCAUCCUUUCUUGGCAUUGCCCUCAGUUCAUUGCUGGCUGUUGACCUCUGGCUGACUAAAACAAUGGGGGUAUGUGCCAGGGAGGGCUCCUCUUGGGGUAGUGCCCGUCCAUUGAUGAAGUUGGUAGAGAUAUCUGGGCAUGGCAUUCUAUGGAUUGCUGGCACCCUGUAUUGCCUGUACAAAAGUGAUAGCUCUGCAGGACGUGAGGUCAUUCUCAACCUACUAUUUGCACUGCUGCUGGAUUUAAUCCUUGUUGGAAUUGUAAAGGGAAUAGUGAAGAGACGAAGACCGGUUCACAAUCGCAUGGACAUGUUUGCUACUUUCUCCGUGGACAAGUAUUCUUUCCCUUCAGGCCACGCCACACGUGCAGCUAUGGUGUCCCGCUUCAUGCUGAACCAUCUGGUGCUGGCAGUUCCCGUAAGGAUUCUAGUGAUGCUGUGGGCCGUUCUGGUCAGCUUGUCCAGGGUCAUGCUGGGUAGACAUAAUGUGACCGAUGUGGCCUUUGGAUUCUUUAUGGGCCACAUGCAAUAUAGUCUGAUUGAGUACUUCUGGUUGUCACCAAGUAUUUUGCCUGCCCUGUUCAGAAUGUGAAGUCUCUUGGGUGAAAAGUAUCUGAAGGUGGUGGUGUCACAAAAACCUAAUUUUCAUUUCCUAUGGAUAUGACAACGGUCUCCACUGCAUCCUGACGUUUUUUAUAUGUGGCCUCAUAUCAUAUCAUUAAGAGGUCAGGUACACACAGCACUUAGGCAAAUACUGGGACAGAAUAAGAUUAUAAUAAUAGACAUCGCAAUCCAAAUUCAUAAAUUAUCCUGCAAUGUUUAUAUGUACAGCAUGGACAUCGCAUACUCUUGCAGGAAAAAUGUAAUUUAAAUUUAGUUUCUAUACUUUAAUUAUUUUUCGAGGACUUUAUUUUGUAUUCUGUGAAAGUAAUUACAUUUGUCCAGAUUUUUUGUUUCAAGGCAAUCCGUUAGCUGGAUCCUUUGUUGACCAAUGAUGUUUUAAGUCAUUUUCUAAUAUUUUCUUUACUGGGUUUUCCUAAACAUUUCUGUUCUCUGUGUCCUCUGUUCUCUCUGCAGGAUGGAGUUGGGGGGGUUUUGGUGUACCUAGUUAUUGUCAGUUAGCAGUUUAUGGGCAAAGCAGGUUGGCUGGGCCCCCCAACUUUCAGGAAAACAUUUAAUUGUUUUAAAGUACUAAAAAUAUAAUGAAGUGUUGCCCUGCAGUGGUAAAACUGCUGCGUUUGCUUCAGAAACACUACUAUUGUUUAUAUAAAUAAGCUGCUGUGUAGCAAUGGGGGCAGCCAAAGUAGGAAAGGCUCAGGUUACACAGCAGAUACACUCUGUAGAACAUAACAGUGUUAUCUGUUUUCCACUUUUUAACCUGUGCCAUAUAGCCUUUUUUCAAAUUCCUCCAUUGCCACACAGCAGCUUGUUUAUAUGAACAAUAGUAGUGUUUCUGAAGCAAAUACAGCCGUUUUACCAGUGCAGGCAACACUGCAUUAUAUUUUCACUACUUUAAAACACUUUUUUUCAUGCACCAGGUGUGUUUACUGUGUGAUCCUCCAGCAAGUUGUGAAAUUACAGUUUCUAGGAAGCCAAAACAGCUGUUGGCGUUUUGGGGGGUAUGAGUGUAAAAGCUAGAGCACCCCUGGCUUGGACAGCCCUGAUAGAAAUGCCAACAUUAUCAGUUGUUCUAAUUUUACCAAGGACAUCCCAAAAGGAACCUUGGACAAUUGCCUGCCCUAUCAUUUGAUAUUAACAAUGCUUCAUGGGAUAAUUUGAACCUACAUACUGUAUAAAAGAAAGAAAAGAAAGUUGUCUGUUCUGUACUUCUAGGUGUGAUGAGAAGGAGGAGAAGGCCAUAAUGCCCAUGGAAAGAAUACGUAGACCAUUCAGUUCAUUGUGAACAUAGUUCCUACCACCAGCAUAUCUUUAAAACUUGCCAUGCUUUUGCCAGCCUGCCUUAAUGAUAGCAAGAUCCGACUUCAUGAUUUCGGAAUAUCGGGGCAAACAAUGUCAGAGCCAUAUGCAGUUACUGUAGCAUGUAACAUACUUUUAGCUUGCUCAUACUGUGGGUAUUUAGUAACACGUGCAAUGUUUUCUGCGGUCUAUGAACAGAUUGCAGCCAAUCAGCAGUUAGUUGUUCGUAUUCUAAUGCACAUAGAAUAAAGAAAGCAAGCAUCAUAGCUCAGGAAGACUUUGGCACAUUUGUGUGUACCUUCUAUCAGGUCGGCCUCGCUAUGCUGUUUGCAGGUCGUUUAACUGCCGGAUUCGGACUAUUUGUGACUAGUGAUGAGCGAAUUUUUCGCCAGCCAUGGAUUUGUGGCGAAAUUCUGAAUUUGGCCAUGUAUGAAUAUUUCCGCAAAACUGAAAAUUUGCAGAGAAAAACUGCCCAUUGAUUUUAAUGCAUUUGGAGAAAAGUCGCUAUAAGAAAAAACACCCAUUGACUUAAAUGCAUUUGGACAAAAAAAGUCGCUAUGAGAAAAAACACCCAUUGACUUAAAUGCAUUAGGACAAAAAAGUCACCAUAAGAAAAAACACCAAUUGACUUUAAGUUGCCUUCGGGUGAUUCAUAUGCCGUCCUGCUGGUGAUUCUUAUUCUUGCUGGCAGGAAGGCAUUUCGGGGUAUUAGUCGCCCAAAGUAGUGAAGAUUUAUUGCUGGGAGACUAAUUUUCUCAUCUGCCACUACUCUAAUGCAUUAGGACAAAAAAGUCGCCAUAAGAAAAAACACCUAUUGACUUAAAUGCAUUUGGAGCAAGAAAAAUAGUUCGGUGCAAAAACACCCAUUGACUUCAUUGCAUUUUUUGAAAUUUUUCGCAGUUUCGCAAAUUUUUCAGGGAAGAGAAACGGGACAAAUUAGCUCAUCACUAGUGACCUGGUGACCUUACGCUGUUGGCUUCCGGUUUUAUAGGCCUGCCACUCCCCUUUUGUGAUGUCAUCAGUGGGGCAGGUGAGCGCGGGUCUAUAAACGGAAGGCAGAAUUUGGGUGCAGGUUCGAGUCGGGUGUGGGUCGAGUUUUUCCCGACCCGCACAUCACUAUUGCCAAGAUCAGUGUUCCUUUUAUACCCAUUCCUAUUCUUACCAGUUAUGUCUAUUACAUUCCUUUUGAUGAUUUAAGGUUUUAAGCUGACAAAGAGAACAUUGGUCAGAAUUAUUGUAAGAGAAUGCUGUAAUAUGUUCAAUUAAA